UUUUCGAGACAUGAAGAAAGGAGGAGGAGGAGGAGGCGUGUUGGGAUUGCUACCUGGACCGUGCACAGGAAUGGACUAAAUACAGCGAAAAGUCUUUCUGUGUUUGUGUCGCUGUGUGCCAGUGUGCAGUGUGCAAUUUUAGGAUUCUUGUUUGUCUAUAGAUUGUCAGAGAUCGGGGGAGCCAGGAAGGAUAGCGAGGUGAGGUCUAUAUUAGAUCGGCUUGAGCCUUGUCUCCAUUAGGUGCCGCCCCUUCCCCGUUGCACGUCACAUUCAUUCUGAUUCUGGCGGAGAGCUCUCAUCCUGUGUGUGCACUUGAGCCUCCCAAGCCUCUCGUCCAUGUCCUGUGUGUGCGAGGAAUGUGCUUCUAUCUUCCAGGCGUCGUGAAGACCUCAUGUUUUCCGGGUUCUUGUUGAGUCCCAUAGAGCUCUCUGUGAGUGAGAUUGUGCGGAAGAAUCCCCAGUACCGAAGGUUGUCGAAGGAGCUGAACAGCGAGAAGCGUAGCAUUUAAACGAAAUCAAGCAGUUGGACAUCUCGUUCUCAAUGUGCUGGGCAGUUGCUUCCUGUAGGAAGAGGGCCCAGGCUAUGGAGGAUACCGCAGAGGACAGUUUGAUUCCGGGCUUGCCGGAAGACAUAGCUUCGCAAUGUCUGGCAAGAGUUCCAUUGACCUCUCUGUGGGGUGUCUGCAAGCGCUGGCAAGAGAUGGUCGACAAAUCCGAAGAAUUCCAUUUCGCACGAUCCGAGCGAGGGAAGACUGAAAUGAAAUGGCUGUACACAUUGGUGCGCACGAAAGAAGGGCGGUUCGCAUGGAACGCAUUUGACCCUCUUAAUGAAAGAUGGCACGCCCUGCCCGACAUGCCUGAAACUGUAGAUUUCCAGUUGACCUCCCCGGGGAGCAUCGGCAUGUCGCACGCAGUGCAGUGCGUGAGCACCAGAAACAAGUUGGUGAUGGUGGCGGGAUUAAAAUCGGCCCAGGGAGCUGGCGGCAGCCAAAGCUGGUCGCAGCUCGAGCCCGCCUUGCAACAGCCAUGGGUUUUCGACCCCAAAAUCCGUCAAUGGAAGAAAGGCCAGGACUUCAGCACCCCACGCAAGUGGUGCGUCUGUGGAGUCUCGGGUGACAAAGUGUACGUAGCAAGCGGCUCUGGGCAGCAGUGGGAUAUGGGCCUCUCCAGGACGACCGAAAUGUACGACAUUGACGCGGAUUCUUGGGCGAUUCUACCGGACUUGGAAUCAUCGAAGUUCAGCGGCGAGGCCAUAUCCGCCGUGAACGUGGAAGGCAAUUUGCACAUUGUCAGUGGCAGGGGAGUUUUCAUGAAAGAGGGAGCCGUCUUCUGUCCAGUGUCCAAGAAAUGGUCUAAGAUGCGGCCCGGCCUAAAGAGAGGAUGGACGAUGAAUUGCGUAUCUGUCAACAACCGAUUCUUUGCAAUCGAUGAGGCGCUCGGCAAGCUCAGCACAUACGAUGCCGACACUGACAGCUGGAAGAUUGUCCUAGAGAAUCCGCAGCUGAAGGAUAUGACAAACGUCGUCACGUCGGACGGGUUAAUAUGCGGCCUAAUCGAUCCUGCCACUGCCAACCCAGAGGCCGACGGGUGCACUCUGAGGAUCGUCGACGUGACCGUGGAUCCACCCGUCAGCUUCACCCAUACCGUUCCUCAAGGAAGAGUAGUAUCACUGCAGAUCCUUGCUAAAAUGAAUGUACAAACGUAGGAUUUACGAAUUGAGGCUAAAGGUGCAAUUCAGUACAACAGAUAGGACAUUCAUUGCCGGAUGUGUCAAAUAUGCGGUAUCACUUUUUAGAUUGUGUGAUUGAUGGAGGCUCAGACGGGUUGUCUAUGAGUGAGUCGUCCUGUAAAGGACAAAUAUGUAGUUUUCAAUUUUGACCCAAAAUUCUCUGUACAAAGUAUCCGAAAGAAAAGUAGCCCUUCCCAGCAU